AUGGCUUCAAAUUUAACAUCUGUUCCUUCGGAAGCUCGCUCAUUGCCGGUUCUUGAUUCCAACGGUGCAUCGUACUCAUUUUCUAGUUUGUUCACAAGUGAAGAUGGUCAUGAUCAACAAACUCUUGUUAUAUUUAUUCGGCAUUUCUUCUGCGGAAGCUGCAAAGAGUACAUAUCUACAAUAUCAUCACAAGAUAAUGGUAUUACUCCCCAGGAACUUGAAAAAUCGCACAAACGUCUGAUCAUUAUCGGUUGUGGUCAGCCAAAUCUUAUUAAACAAUAUGUCAAAGAUACGAAUUGUCCAUUUCCAAUGUACGCAGAUCCUACACAGAAAUUAUACGAUGCAUUGGGUAUGAUUCGCACGUUGAGUCUAGCCGAGAAGAAACCGGACUAUAUCAAAUCAUCCUUUUUGGUUAACGUUGCUAAAUCCGCUGUCUGUCAGUUUUCCUCGGGAAUGGCAAUGUUUCAAGGUGGUGAUAUUCGUCAAGUUGGCGGAGAGUAUUUGUUCAAUCAACAAGGAGAUAUUCUCUGGUCGCAUAACAUGAAGAAUACUCAAGAUCAUGUUGAAGUUAUAGAACUACGUAAAAUAUUAGGACUUGAGUGUUGA